AUGAAAUGCGAUGAAUCGGAGCCUCUGCUGGAAAUGUGUCAAAAUAUCAACAACAGUUCAGGUAAAUUUAUUGUUAAAAGAUUAUGUGAAAAUAUGAAUCAUUUUUAGAAACUUUUUGUUACCACUAUAAUUCCUUUUUAUGUUUGUAGAUAUGCUAACUAUCAACACAAAAAGCCCUUCAACCCUGAAAACAAACGAAAAUUUGGAUUUUUUGAAACUAUCAAAAGAUUUGCAAACCAAUAAUUUCUCACAACUGAUACAAUUGAGAAAAAAUAUCAGAAGAUUACAAACAUAUUAUUUAUUCAAUGUCAAAGGAAGAAUUCAUACCUUGCAAAACAACUUGCGUGAACUUUAUUUUGAUUAUAUACAAGGUGUACUCACUUUCUAA